CAUUUGUUGGCUGCUUAUAAAUUUAAUAAUCUCUUUUUCACUACAAAAUUUGGCGACCCACUUUCCCUCCCUACGAUCAAAAUUACAGAACGCGGUUAAAAAAUCGAAUAAAUAAAAGCAUAUGCCAUUGAUUCGAAAGCGGUUCUUGGCACACAAUCCCCUUUGAUCAUCUUUGAACGAGCAUAUACACAGACCCACUAGCUAUAUGCUCGUUUUCACUUUCCCUUUUUCAUUUCUUGAUCCAUUAAGGUACCCAAUUUCUGUUCUCAAUGUGUUCUUCUUGAUGCGAUUGCUUGAUUUGUAGUAAUGGUGUAAUGGGUUUCUUAAACCGUUUGAUCCUUGUUUAGGAAUUUUGAUUUAAUUUUUCAGAAGAGCUUAUACGUUUACUAAACCCUAGUUUUGUCCUUACUUGUGUUCUCAGUAGUUUGUUUUCUUCUGAAUAUUUUGAUUGUGAAAUGCAUGAUUUUGAUAUUUUAACUAACGCUGUUCUUUUCAACUCUUAUCUGCCUUUGUUAAUAAUAGAUGCAUGUAAGUUAUGUAGAUCAUAUUUGGAAAGUGACAGUGUGUGAUAACCAACAUGAAUUUGUGAUGGAUUCUGUAUGUCAUCUCUCUGUUAUUUUGGGAUUUUUUUCUAUUAGCAGAGUGGGUUUUCUUCGGGUAUUUAUGGUGCACUUUUUACUCUUGGCAACUUAAUAAUCACCAUGCAAAAGAUGCUUUCUUUAUUGAACAGUGCCUCAACAUGAUGUUAGGAUGAUAAUCUCUCUCUGUUUAGUGCGUGAGAACACUAUUUAUUAUUCUUCAUAUGUUUUUUCUGUACCGUUUAAGUUGUUUCAGUUUGUGACGUUAAUAUACUGAAAUCCCCCCAGGAUUCUGGAGCUGGUGACCAUAUUGGAUUGAAAGAUUGUGAAUCAACUUUGAAUCUAAAGAUAAAUCUUGAAUAUGGGCACCGAUAAACAGGCUGUUGGUAUACUAGAUACCAUCAACAUGGAGACAGUGCGGACAAUUUUAACCCAUACAUACCCAUACCCACAUGAGCAUUCCCGCCACGCUAUCAUUGCAGUAGCUGUGGGUUGCCUAUUUUUUAUUUCAUCUGACAACAUGCAUACGCUCAUCCAGAAGCUAGACAAGAACAUCAAGUGGUGGUCCAUCUACGCCUGCUUACUUGGGAUUUUCUAUUUCUUUUCAUCCCCAUUCGUGGGGAAGACGAUUAAACCGAGCUAUUCAAAUUUCAGUAGAUGGUAUGUAGCCUGGAUAUUAGUGGCAGCUUUAUACCAUCUUCCGAGUUUUCAGUCAAUGGGAGUAGAUAUGAGGAUGAAUCUUUCGUUAUUUUUGACAAUAUUCAUCUCUUCCAUUUUUGUUCUUCUUGUUUUCCAUUUAGUAUUCCUUGGCCUCUGGUACAUUGGUCUUGUUUCUCGUGUGGCUGGAAGGAGACCUGAGAUAUUGACUAUUCUUCAAAAUUGUGCUGUAUUAAGUGUGGCCUGUUGUGUAUUUUAUAGCCAUUGCGGCAAUCAUGCUUUGAAUGAAAAACCAUUUGGACGAAAAGAUUCUGGCUUGUUUUCACUAUGGAGAAAAGGAGAGAGGAGCACAUUGGUGGCCAAAUUUCUCAAAAUGUAUGAAUUCAAAGAUGAAGUAUGCAAAUCUUGGUUUGCUCCAGUUGGGUCUGCCCGUGAUUAUCCACUUCUCUCAAAGUGGGUUAUAUAUGGAGAGUUCUCUUGCAGUGGCCCAUGCGAGUCAUCAGAUGAAAUUUCUCCAAUAUAUUCAUUAUGGGCAACGCUAAUUGGUCUCUAUAUUGCUAACUAUGUUGUGGAAAGAUCAACGGGAUGGGCUCUCACUCACCCUUUCUCAGUCAAAGAAACUGAGAAGUUGAAGAACAAGCAGAUGAAGCCCAAUUUCUUGGAUAUGGUUCCUUGGUAUUCAGGGACGUCAGCUGAUUUAUUCAAGACUGUGUUUGACCUCCUUGUAUCUGUAACUGUGUUUGUUGGACGAUUUGAUAUGCGCAUGAUGCAGGCGGCAAUGAGUGGUGGUCAUGAAGGGGCUAAACAAGAAGAUUUUCUAUAUGAUCAUUUUAGUGAAAGAGAUGACUUCUGGUUUGAUUUUAUGGCUGAUACUGGUGAUGGUGGGAACUCUUCCUAUUCUGUUGCCCGGCUUCUUGCUCAACCUUCACUUCGUGCUUGCAAUGAUGAUUCUGAGAUCAAAUUGCAUCGUGGGAAUCUUCUUCUUAUUGGGGGCGAUCUUGCGUAUCCUAAUCCAUCAGCAUUCAAUUAUGAAAAACGUUUCUUUCGUCCUUUUGAGUAUGCUCUUCAGCCACCUUCAUGGUAUAGGGAAGGGCAUGUAGCUGUAAACAAGCCGGAAUUACCCUGUAAUGUGUCUGAACUAAAACAAUAUGAUGGGCCACAGUGUUUUGUUAUUCCUGGAAACCAUGACUGGUUUGAUGGACUUCAAACUUUUAUGAGGUACAUUUGUCACAAGAGCUGGUUAGGUGGAUGGUUAAUGCCUCAAAAGAAAAGCUACUUUGCUUUGCAGCUACCAAAAGGCUGGUGGGUGUUUGGUCUUGAUUUAGCUCUCCAUUGUGAUAUCGAUAGUUAUCAGUUUAAGUUCUUCACGGAUCUGAUACUGGAAAAGGUUAAAGAAAACGAUUCUGUGAUCAUUAUGACACAUGAACCGAAUUGGAUUCUGGAUUGGUACUGGGAUGAUGUGACUGGAAAGAACGUCUCACACCUUAUAUGUGAUUAUCUGAAAGGGAGGUGUAAACUUCAAAUGGCCGGAGAUUUGCAUCAUUAUAUGCGUCAUUCAUACAUUUCAUCAGAGAACCCUGUUAAUGUGCAACAUUUACUUGUCAACGGGUGUGGUGGAGCAUUUUUACAUCCGACACAUGUCUUUAGUGAUUUCAACAAAGCAUAUGGAACAACUUAUGAGAACAAAGCCGCUUAUCCAUCUGUUCAAGAUUCAAGCAGGAUUGCUCUGGGUAAUAUAUUGAAGUUCCGAAAGAAAAACUGGCAGUUUGAUUUCAUUGGCGGGUUCAUAUACUUCAUUUUGACCUUUUCAAUGUUUCCACUGUGCAAACUAGAUCAUAUCCUACAGGAUGAUACAAUUUCUGGUCACAUAAGGAGCUUUUUUAGCACGGUGUGGGAUGCUUUUAUGUACAUGGUUGGGCAAUCGUACAUAUCUUCUGUCGGUGCUAUGUUACUGUUGGUGGCUGCAAUCUCCUUUGUUCCUUCCAAAGUGUCCCGGAAAAGAAAAAUAGUAAUCGGAGUUGUGCAUGUUUUGGCCCAUUUGGCUGCAGCUUUAGUUCUUAUGUUGUUGAUGGAGCUUGGUGUUGAAACCUGCAUCCGCCAUAACCUUUUGGCAACAUCAGGUUAUCACACGUUAUAUCAGUGGUACAGAUCAGUGGAAAGUGAACAUUUUCCGGACCCGACUGGCCUUAGGGCGCGUAUGGAGCAAUGGACUUUCGGCCUUUAUCCAGCAUGUAUCAAAUAUCUUAUGUCAGCUUUUGAUGUCCCAGAGGUUAUGGCUGUGACCAGGACUAACAUAUGCAAGAAUGGGAUGGUUUCCCUAUCUCGAGGGGGUGCAAUUAUAUACUAUGCCUCUGUUUUCCUUUACUUCUGGGUGUUCUCGACUCCCGUGGUUUCUCUCAUAUUCGGAAGCUAUUUGUACAUUUGUAUUAAUUGGCUUCACUUGCAUUUUGACGAGGCCUUUUCUUCAUUACGCAUUGCCAAUUACAAGUCGUUCACCCGGUUUCACAUCAGACAGAAUGGAAAUCUUGAAGUUUUCACUCUUGCAGUCGAUAAAGUUCCAAAGGAAUGGAAGCUGGAUUUGGAUUGGGAUAAUGAACUAAAACAGCCACAUCAGUUGAGUCACCACAGAAAAUAUCCAAGUAAAUGGAGGGCAAAUUCUUUUCAUCAGGACCCGGUUAAUAGUGUCCGAAUUGUUGAUCAAUUUGUUAUUCAAACAGACAAAUCAGAAUUAGUAGUAGGAAAUGGUUCUGUUUCUCACCGAUGAGGUAUCUCUCUUUACUUAAAACUAGCUUAGCAUAGAAUCAUCAGGAAGUGUAUCCCCAGUUAAAGAAUAGAAAAGAAAAUACAUAGAAAGCUUUUGGAGAAAAGAGGGGAAUGUAAAGUUAUGGUUGUUAUUCCACUUACUUGUUCUAUAUACCGGCUAAAAUGGUACAACUUUUAGAUGGUUAAAAAGGGUCUGUAGCAUUUGUUCGUUUGUAUCAAUACCAAGGUAAAUAUUUGUGUAAAUAUUUCGUAUC